GUGAGUGCUGUAGCAACUUCCUGCUGUUGCAUGAGGCAUUGAGUUGCAGUUAUUUUCUCUCUGUCUGAAACUCUGACAGACUGUUGCACAGAGAGAAGCGGGAGCUGACUGAAGCUAAGCAGGAUGCAGGCUAUCAAAUGUGUUGUUGUGGGAGAUGGAGCUGUGGGGAAAACAUGUCUUCUCAUCAGCUACACAACCAACGCUUUCCCUGGAGAAUAUAUCCCUACUGUCUUUGAUAACUACUCAGCCAAUGUGAUGGUGGACAGUAAGCCAGUCAACCUGGGUCUCUGGGAUACAGCAGGACAGGAGGACUAUGACAGACUGAGACCACUGUCCUACCCACAGACGGAUGUGUUCCUCAUCUGUUUCUCUCUGGUGAGCCCAGCCUCCUACGAGAACGUCAGAGCCAAGUGGUACCCAGAGGUGCGUCACCACUGCCCGUCAACCCCAAUCAUCCUAGUGGGUACUAAGCUGGAUCUGAGGGACGAGAAGGAGACCAUCGAGAAGCUCAAAGAGAAGAAACUGGCCCCCAUCACCUACCCACAAGGCCUAGCGCUGGCCAAGGAUGUUGACUCUGUGAAGUACCUGGAGUGUUCUGCUCUGACCCAGCGUGGCCUGAAGACAGUGUUUGACGAGGCUAUCAGGGCAGUACUCUGCCCACAGCCAACCAAGGUCGGGAAGAAGAAAUGUCUACUGCUCUAACAGAUGCAGCUAAGAGUGAAAACGGACAGCGAACAAACCAGGGAGCCAGAUGUUAACUCAAAAAGGCCUUUUAGUUUUACUCUGCUACACGGAAAAACAUUGACUUAUGAAAGCCUACAUGGUUAAAUGAAUAUGAAAUACUAUAUUUAGUGAUGUUAAUUAUAUUACGAUGGUCUCUGACGUGUCCUUGUUUGGUACAGGUAUAUAGUGUAGGAUAAAGGUGCACAAUAUUCAUAAUCUGAAUAAUAUACUCUAAUAUUUUCCCCUCGACUGUGAAGGUGGUAUUUGACCUUGAUGUAAGUGUGUCCCAAAUGGCACCCUAUUCCCUAUGUGCACUUCUGACCAGAGCCCUGGUACACUACAUAGGGAAUUGGGUGUUAAUUGGGACACACAAGAUAUUGUGUUGGUACACAAUUAAACUCAAUUUGCAAACACUGGUUAUUGGUUAUUAUGAGUUGUAGUGUGAUGAAGCCAUUUGUCCAAUGUAUCUUGAUCUGUUUCCAACCACUAUAUAAAGGACUGUUUAUCUGUAA